AUGGCAUCUCGAACAAGAACCACCACGUCUCUCCUCAUCUUCGUCCUCGCCACCACGGUUGCCACGUCUACAUCGUCCACAAAUGCUGCCCCCACUCCGCCGUCACCAAAGGCACCGCCUCCCCCACCACCACCACCAUCGCCGCCGCCGCCGCCGCCGCCGCCGUGCGUGGUACCACAGUCGGUCGCAGCGUUCCUCCGCGCGCGAUGCGCCACCACGCUAUACCGAGUGACCUGCUACAACACUCUCAUCCCCUACGGCUGCGUGUUCCAGACAAACCCUGUCAAGCUCGCCAGGGCCGCCGUCGACCUCAACGCGGCCCAGCUCCGCGCCCUCUCCACGCGCGUGAAGGAGGUUGUUGCCCGUGGCGGCAUGGGCCAGCCGGGAGGACCUGCCUACGCGGUGCGGGACUGCGCGGGUACGGUGUCAUCGGCGGCCGGGCUGGCCAAGAAAUCGGGGGACGAGAUCGACAAGCUCGAGGCGGCGGGUAGCAAUGCGACCGUGACUCAGGUCAGGUGGGCGAUCUCCAACGCACAGACGUGGCUCAGCGCGGCCAUGGCCAACGAGGCCACAUGCACCGAAGGGCUCGCCCCAUGGGGGGCCGCCGCCGUCCCGAAGGAGCUUGUUGCCCGGACGGUGAUUGCCAUGGAGAGCACGAGCGUCGCCCUCGCGCUGGUCAAUGGCAUGCCACGCUAA